AUGGAUCAGGAUCCGAUCCUUGCAAAUCUGAAUGAAGCACAACAUGAGGCGGUGGUGGCUCCAUUAUCGGGUCAAUAUCAGAUCCUAGCAGGUCCAGGAACGGGCAAGACCAAGACUCUCACCUCGAGGGUAGCGUACUUAAUGAAUACCGUCCCUGCCAAAGAUAUUUUGGUCAUGACAUUUACUAAUGCUGCUGCUCGUGAGAUGCGAUCCCGUAUCAAGCAGUUAAUUCCCAAUAAUAAUGAGGUCUCAAAGCUCAAUGUUGGCACUUUUCAUGGCGAAUGUUUCAAAUACCUAGUAAGAUAUGGAUCGAGAAUUGGUCUUAGUGGUAAGAUCACAAUCGCAGACCCCACGGAUCAAGCUGCAAUUAUGAAAGAAAUAGUAAAUUCUGCUGAGACUACGGUCAAACUUGAAGAAUUCGGCUAUAGUUCCAAGCUCGGGAAGUGCUACUCGAAUCCAACGACGAAAAUGAACAUCAACUUGGAUCCCAAGCACUGUAUUAAGAAGAUAUCAGAAUUCAAGUCCCAUGGAUACACAGAGGUGCAAGAUUUUGCUAAAGUGUGUCCGAAUGAGUUUAAUUCGCCAAUAGGAAUGUACAUUUACCGGAAAUAUCAAGAUGAGCUCGAGGAGAACGGUCUGGUGGAUUUCGAUGAUAUAAUUAUCAAAACAAGAGAUCUACUUAAGCAGUGCCCUGAUAUUGUGUCCAAUAUUCAAGCUGUCUUGGUUGAUGAAUUUCAAGAUAGCAGUACUGUCCAGCUGGAGCUCACGGUUCUGUUUGCUAAGGCCACUGGUAAUAUUACCAUAGUUGGAGACCCAGAUCAGAGCAUUUAUGCAUUUCGAAAUGCCCAACCUGAGAAUAUGCGACUAUUACAAAAGAUGUUUCCAAACUCAAAAGUUAUUUAUUUAGAAGAGAAUUAUCGUUCAACCCAGCCAAUUCUAGAUAUAGCCGUUGGCCUGAUUCGAAGGGAUCGUAACCGAAUUGGCGGGGACCGUUUACUGAAGUCCCAGGAUUCCCAGAACACUACAAAAAAAUCACUUCCAGUAUUAGCCCAGUUCAAAAGUGAAAAAGACGAGGCCGCUUAUGUUGCCACACAAAUCAAAUAUCUGAGAGAUUGUUCAGGUACUCUAUUCAAAUACCAAGAUAUGGCUAUUCUUGCUCGUACUGGAUACGCCAGCAAAAAAUGUGAACUGGAAUUGGCAUUCAAUGGAAUUCCCUACAGAGUACUAGGUGGAUUUAAGUUUUGGGAUAGAGCAGAAGUCAAAUUGGUCGUUGAUUAUUUUCGCGUUGUGAACUCUGAUAAUGACAGAGUAGCUAUUUCUAGCACGAUCAACGCACCAAAACGCGGGUUUGGACCCGUCACGCUAACUAAACUGCUGACACGAGUUGAUGAUAAAACGAGUAUAUUUACUCAACUAAAGCAAUAUGCUUACGACGAAGAGUUCCGUGAAGAGCAUGGUCUCAAAAUAAGAAAAGAUGCACUGGAGGGGUUGGAUAAUUACAUCAAGUUGAUUGAGGGGUGUAGAGAUAUACUAAAAGAGGCAGAUGCGCUUGGACCAGCAACCUGCAUUCGGAAUAUCCUAGAUCAUAUUUUGGAAAAGACAAACCUCGUCAAGAUCCUGGCGGCAAAUGAUGCCAAUAACGAGGAGAAAAGACUAGAAAAUAUUGAACUUAUCAGAUCACAAAUAGAUCUAGUGUACCAAAAUGAUGAAAUGAACGACGAUGGGGGUGCUGCAGAAGAAGAUCUCAACCCAUUGCAAACUCUACUGCUAAGUCUGUCACUAGGAGGAGAUGGCGAAGACAGUGCGUAUUCAAACGAUCGAGUAACAAUAUCAACAAUGCACUCUGCCAAGGGUCUAGAAUGGCCGAUAGUGUUUUCUAUCAAUACCAUUGACGACCACGUUGCACGAGGAGGUGAUAAGGGCGAAGAGGAAGAACGCCGUCUACUGUUUGUAUCUUUAACAAGAGCCAAACUGCUACUAUAUGUAAGCUUUGCUACCACACUUGUCAAGUUCGGAAACGAGGAAGAAGCUAGCAUGACUCGACUACUCACUGGUCUCGAACACCACUUCAAGACCUGUGAUAAAGGCAAGGGGACCACAAACAUAUCCUGGGAUAUGUUCGUCAGCUAUGCCAACUUCUUGAGACGACCCGUUCCCGAUCGUAAACAGAUCCAGUUUGCUUCAUCUGCAACAACAGUACCCAGCAAAUCGGCCUCGUUCAGCGGGUUUACGCUCGCUAGUAGCGUUAUUGAACGGCCGCAAAACAAAAAGCGCAAACCCCAUAUACCCAGUGCACCCAUUUCCCGUUCGUUAUCCAUACCAACCAACAACAGGACCAGUCUGCUGAAUACAAGUAAACAGACCCGAGCAACCGGGUUCCGAACGCCGUUGAUGCCAUCGAAACCAACGCCAACUCUGAACUCACCAAACACCCUGCCACACAGUCACCCCAUCCCUCCCAAGAGGAAAACACUGGGCACACGACGGGGUCCCAUUAACCAAAAGCUGCCGUUUACCUAA